AUGCAGAUCAAAGUCCGCACACUCACAGGCAAGGAGAUCGAGCUCGACAUCGAAGCAACAUACACCGUCCAAAAGAUCAAGGAGCACGUAGAGGAAAAGGAAGGAAUCCCACCUGUUCAGCAGCGGUUAAUCUAUGGUGGAAAGCAAAUGUCAGACGACAAGACGGCAGAGGAGUACGGUCUGGAGGGUGGCGCGACGCUGCAUUWGGUGCUGGCGCUGCGUGGUGGAUCUGCAUGA